CCUGCCCUAGCUCUCUCUCCCUGUCUUCUCCUCCACACAAGAACCCGGCCGAGCAUAUCAUUUGCUCGCCCGCGCAUGAGCGAACGAAGCAAGCGAGCGCGCAGAAGCAAACAAGUGGGGGAGAGAGAUAGGGAGCUCACAGACAACACACGGGGGGCUUGACGGGUUGUGGUGGGAGGAGGAGGAGGAGGAGUCAAGAGAGUGAGUUCGUGCGGCGACGUCGUACGUGGGAUGUCGGCGUCGUCGGGCGCCGCGUGCCGCGUGUGCGGUGGUGGCGGGGGCGUGGGGGAGUGCGCGUGCCAUGGAAAUGGAGUCGGCGGCGCGCGGUGCGGGGUCGCGGUCGCGGACCUUAACCGCGUGUUCCCCGGGAUGUGGCAGCAGGCGGAGGAGGAGCUGGGUGUCGUCGGCAGCGGCGGCGCGGCGGCGGCGGCGGUCGGGCUUCAGGAGUUCCAGUUCUUCGGGCACGACGAGGACCACGACAGCGUGACGUGGCUGUUCCAAGACCCGGAGCCCCACCUGCACCGCGGGCUGGCGCCGGCGGCGGUCGGGAACGGGGUGGCCGAGGCCGAGGCCGAGCAGCGGCGGCAGGGGCAGCAGACGCCGACUUUUUUCGACGGGUACGCGCACGCGCAGUACGGCCAGCUGCCGGGCCACGGGCUCACAUUCGACGUCCCGCUGAGCCGGGGCGGCGAGGCGGCUGUCUUGGAGGCCGGACUGGGGCUCGGCGGCGGCAACCCGGCGACGUCCAGCGCCACAAUCGUGUCCUUCCACGGGAGCACCUUCACUGACGCCGCGAGCUCCGUCCCGGGAGAGGUGGCGGCAAACGGUGGCGUCGUCCCAAGCUGCGCAGACCCGGCGAUGGACCGGGAGGCAAAGGUGAUGAGGUACAAGGAGAAGCGGAAGCGGAGGCGGUACGAGAAGCACAUCCGGUACGCGUCCCGCAAGGCCUACGCCGAGAUGCGGCCGCGCGUCAAGGGCCGGUUCGCCAAGGCGCCCGACGGCGAAGGCGCCGCGCCGCCGCAACAGGCGGCCGCGGCCGCGGCAGGCUACGACACCGGCCGGCUCGACCUCGGAUGGUUCCGUUCAUAGCAAAUACGUACUUACCCCGGCCGGAGCAUUAGCUAGCUAGCCUAGGCCAUUGGUGAUUGGUUAAUUACUUAACUUAGAUAUAUACAUAUGCACGCAUGUAUUGGUGAUAAAUCUCGAUUACUAUAGCUAGCACUGAAGCAUAUACACCCGUAUUUGUACUACUAGUAUAUAGCACAGUGACAAGUUUACGUUGCAUUACGUAGCUUGCGUAGAGAA